ACCGGUUCGAGGGAGAGAGGGCUUGAGGGAUUGCCACAAAUGGUCAGGCGGCAGCGGUGGCGGAGAAAGAAGAAGAAAAGGCGGCGGUAGCAGAAGCAGCAAGAGCUGGAGCUGGAGCUGGCGCGCUCUGCCUGGCAGGCGAAAGAGAGAGCAGAGCGCGCUGGCGGCGCGGCGGAGGGACGUGCUCGCGGGGUGGCCCUCGCCUUCCUCCUCUUCCUUGCAGCCUCCCCUGCAGGAGGCUCAAGUUUGACCUGGCAGGAGUGGAGGUGAAAGGCGGCGGCAGAAGCAGCAGGAGGGACCUGGAGAGGGAGGCGGCGGCGGCAGAGAAGGCGGCGGCGGGAGCAGGAGCCAGAGGACCCGGCGAAGUAUGGCAGAGAAGUGGACUCGGCAAGUUUGCAGCGGGGCCGAGGCGGAGAGGGGCAGCCGGGCCGGCGCUCUCUCCCCGCGGCCGCUCUUGCUGCUACUGCUGCUGUGCACUGAGGCGCCGGUGCUUCCCGCUCUGGGGCAGCAGCAGCAGUACAACGGCGAGCGGGGCAUCUCGGUGCCGGACCACGGCUACUGCCAGCCCAUCACCAUCCCCCUGUGCACGGACAUCGCGUACAACCAGACCAUCAUGCCCAACUUGCUGGGCCACACCAACCAGGAGGACGCGGGCCUGGAGGUGCACCAGUUCUACCCGCUCGUCAAGGUGCAGUGCUCGGCCGAGCUCAAGUUCUUCUUGUGCUCCAUGUACGCGCCCGUGUGCACCGUGCUGGAGCAGGCGCUGCCGCCCUGCCGCUCCUUGUGCGAGCGGGCGCGCCAGGGCUGCGAGGCGCUUAUGAACAAGUUCGGCUUCCAGUGGCCCGACACGCUGCGCUGCGAGAAGUUCCCCGUGCACGGCGCCGAAGAGCUCUGCGUGGGCCAAAACACCUCCGAGCGCGGCACGCCCACGCCCUCGCUGGGACCCGAGUUCUGGACCAGCAACCCGCAGCUGCGGCCCGGCGGCGGCGUGGCAGGAGGCGGCGGGGGCGGAGGGAGCCACCUGGCGGAGCGGGCGGGCAGGUUCACCUGCCCCCGGGUGCUCAAGGUGCCCUCCUACCUCAACUACCGCUUCCUGGGCGAGAAGGAUUGCGGGGCGCCCUGCGAGUCCGGGCGCCCCUACGGGCUCAUGUACUUCGGGCAGGAGGAGCUGCGCUUCUCCCGCACCUGGAUUGGCAUCUGGUCGGUGCUGUGCUGCGCCUCCACCCUCUUCACUGUGCUGACCUACCUGGUGGACAUGAAGCGCUUCAGCUACCCAGAGAGACCCAUCAUCUUCCUCUCAGGCUGCUACACAGCGGUGGCGGUGGCCUACAUCGCAGGGUUCCUGCUGGAGGAGAAGGUGGUGUGCAACGAGCGCUUCUCUGACGAUGGCUCACGGACGGUGGUGCAAGGCACGAAGCGGGAAGGGUGCACCAUCCUCUUCAUGAUGCUUUACUUCUUUGGCAUGGCCAGCUCCAUCUGGUGGGUGAUCCUCUCCCUCACCUGGUUCCUGGCGGCUGGCAUGAAGUGGGGCCACGAAGCCAUCGAGGCCAACUCUCAGUACUUCCACCUGGCUGCUUGGGCUGUGCCCGCUAUCAAAACCAUCACCAUCUUGGCUCUGGGGCAGGUGGAUGGGGAUGUGCUCAGUGGCGUCUGCUUUGUGGGCAUCAACAAUGUGGAUGCCCUGCGGGGCUUUGUGCUGGCUCCUUUGUUUGUUUACUUGUUCAUUGGCACUUCUUUCCUCCUGGCUGGAUUUGUCUCCCUUUUCAGAAUUCGGACCAUCAUGAAACACGAUGGUACCAAGACAGAGAAGCUGGAAAAGCUGAUGGUUAGGAUAGGGAUCUUCAGCGUCCUGUACACAGUGCCUGCCACCAUAGUCAUUGCCUGCUAUUUUUACGAGCAAGCAUUUAGGGAACAGUGGGAAAGGAGUUGGUUUGCUCAAAGCUGCAAGAGCUAUGCCAUCCCUUGCCCCAGUAACCACCACCAUCCGCCCAUGAGUCCUGACUUCACCGUCUUUAUGAUCAAGUAUCUCAUGACUUUAAUUGUAGGCAUCACUUCUGGCUUUUGGAUCUGGUCUGGGAAAACACUCAAUUCCUGGAGGAAGUUCUAUAGCAGACUCACCAACAGUAAGCAAGGGGAAACUACAGUGUGAAGCUCCCACACCAACCAGAGAUAGCUGGCAAAGGAACUUGCUCUCUGCUCACAGUCCCAGCCAGAAAGUAAAGGAGAGAAAGUGGUCACAUAGGUGCUGUCCAAAGUCUUAUGACUUUUCUCUCCAGCCCACAGGGGACUGGAUGUAAAGAGGCUGGUGCUGGUGGAGAAACAGACCUUAUUCCUCUUGCCUCCUGCCUUCUACUGGACUAAAUUUUACUGUAAAGUUGGGGAUAUGCAUCUGAGGUUGUAAAUAGCCUCUGUAAGAUUUUGUAAGUAUAUUUGUAUUUAAAUUGCAAAGUUCUCACUUUUGUAAUUAUUUAGAAAUUUUUUAACCAGUUUGCAGCCUUUCCUCUCUCUCUCUCUCUCUCUCUCUCUCUCUCUCUCUCUCUCUCUCUCUCUCUCUCUGAAGAAAGGAGAAAGAAAACCAAUGUUCUUAAUUUUAUUUGCAAAGUUGAUGUCAUAGGAACCAAAAUGAGCCCAAUAGCUUUCCUUUUCUCACCUCCCACCCCACACGUCAUGGUAAUAGUUGCAUGUCAAGCUGCUUAGGUCCAGGAUUAAGGAUAACCGAUUCAUAAUUUGACAUACCGUAUGUUAUAAGUUGCCCCACUGAUAUGGUACCAGUACAAUGAAUGGUUUCAGGAAAAUUAUCUGAGUAGGCUGCACAGCUGACUUGAUCUGUGCUGCAAGACAAAUACAGACAGGGAGUGGAAAAGCCUUAACUCCCAUCUCUGCUCAGCAUGACCUGAAGGAAUAAAGGAGCAAGCGGUUUUACCUGUUCCACCCCACCUGGGGAGGAGUAUGGGAAAGGGAAUUACAUGUUAUUAUUACCCAACUGUAUUGCCUAGCCCUUGCCUAAGAAAACUUUCUCUCCACCACCAAACUCUUGGUGAGAAAGUUUCCUAAGCUCUGCCUAAAGGUGUGACCUGUUUUUAAGAAGUAUGAAAUUGAAAGGUUGGGAGUGAUAUUUUCUCACCAGCUGCUCCUUUACACACAUCUGACCAUUUUAAAGAACUGUUAACUUUUCUCUUAACUUUGUUAAUAUAUUGAAUGGGCAGCCUGCCUUUUAAGCCUGUAAGAGGCAGCUUCUACUUUCUAUGGAAAUACGGCCAUUGGUUGUAAUUGUUAAUCUGUAGUGAGGACAAGGUGGUGCAUUUUGAUUGUGAUUUUGACACUCCAUUUCUUAAUAGCCUGCUCUUUUGAUAGCUUUUUUUUUGUUUUUCUGUUUAAUGAGUUUGCUGGGAGAGAGCCAUCAGGAAAAGCGCUGUUGAGCUGAUUUUUACAAACCUACUCAGUAUGACCAAGAAGAAAGGGGGGACAUAAACCCAAUAAAAGAUCUCUGCAGCUUGGA